UACAAACUACAACAAUCAUGAAAAUAUUAAGCCAUGGAUAUGUUUUGUUAUCCAACCUCUUACUAAUAAUUUCCAUCGCUAAUGUUAGUAAUGGAGUAGACUAUGAAGCAGAUUACAUGUUCCAACUUAUGAAAGCAAUAACCCCAACUCCCACUGGAUGGUCUAACAAAACUCACUACUGCAAAUGGAAAGGCAUCUCUUGUAAUUCAACUACUCAAGUUGUUACCUCCAUCAUGCUCCCAUCAAGUUCACUCACUGGGACACUCCCUCCCGACAUCUACACUCUCACUAAUCUCACCCAUAUCGAUCUUCACAACAACUCACUCAAUGGUUCUUUGCCUGAUUUUGAAGGCCUCUUGCUCCAAAUUGUAUCCCUUGGUCACAAUAAUUUCACCUCUAUUCCAGACGAUUGCUUUCGAUAUUUAUCUGAUCUGAGAACCCUCAACCUCAGCAAUAACUUGAAUCUCGACCCAUGGGUAUUUCCUAUGGAUGAUUUAUCUUUCUCCACUUCUUUGGAAACCCUCGAUCUCAACGCUACAAAUAUGAUUGGUCCACUACUUCCAGAAAAGUUUGAUUCGUUUCCAAAUUUGCAUACUUUUAUUAUUUCUCACAACAAAUUGAAAGGAAGUCUACCCCAGUCUCUCGCGAAAUCUGCUGUAAGAUAUUUACACCUUAACAAUAACAGUUUCUCGGGUACAAUUGACGUUAUAUCAAGCAUGAGUAAGUUAUCUCAAUCAUGGCUUCACAAUAACACCUUCUCGGGUCAAAUUCCCAACAUGUCCCAUUGUAUUAAUUUGUUUGAUUUGCAACUUCAAUCAAAUUUUUUAACUGGUUUGGUCCCACCUUCAUUGCUUGCGCUAUCUAGCUUGAACAUCAUCUCGUUGGACAACAAUAUACUUCAAGGACCGAUACCUGUGUUUCACAAGGGCGUUAAAGCAACUUGGGAAUCAAAUAACUUUUGUCGAAGUGAUGUUGGGCCAUGUGAUCCCCAAGUUACAAUUUUAAAUAAAAUAUCUGAAGCUCUUGGGUCUCCUAGCUUUUUGUCAACCGAAGGGAACAAUGUUUGUACCGGAGGGCAAUGGACCAGUAUAUCGACCGACAAUGUCUUGAUUAAGUGUGAAAGAGGGAAGAUUGUUACAUUGAAGUUCCGGGAUUUUAGAUUAACAGGAACCAUCUCUCCCGCAUUUUGCAAGUUAACAAGUUUGGUGAACUUGACGCUUGCUCGCAUUAAAUUGACGGGUUCAAUACCACCCAGUCUUACAACUUUGCCUCAAUUGCAGAUUCUUGAUGUUUCUAAUAAUAAUCUAUCAGGAGUAAUUCCCAAAUUUUCAUCCAAGGUUAAGUUAAACACCACAGGCAAUGUUUUGCUUCGGCAAAAUAUGUCUAGACAAGAUGGAGGUGAUGUUCAAACUCAAGGUUCAUCUAAAGCAAACCUUAGACUUGUAAUUUGGAUUACAGGGGCAUCAAUGAUUAUUGUUGGAACUGUCAUUCUUAUGGUGUUGAUUAUUUGUAAACGUAAGAGGUAUCAUAUUUUGGUAAAAAGGUGGGUAUUCAAGAAAACAAAUAAAUUUAUUGACCACAAUGUGGAGGAUUUCAUGCAAAGUUAUAACUUGUUAGUGCCAAUUAAGCAAUAUCGAUAUUCAGAAGUCGAAAGAAUGACAAACUCAUUCCGAGACAAAUUAGGUCAAGGAGGAUAUGGUGUUGUUUACAAAGCAAGUUUACCUGAUGGUCGUCAAGUGGCAGUGAAAGUGAUAAAAGACUCAAAGGGAAAUGGAGAAGAAUUCAUAAAUGAAGUAGCUAGUAUUAGUAGGACGUCACAUGUAAAUAUUGUUUCACUUUUGGGGUUUUGUUAUGAGAACAAAAGAGCACUAAUAUAUGAAUUCAUGUCCAAAGGGUCAUUGGAUAAGUUUAUCCUUAAAAAUGGAUUUCCUGAUGCAAUUUGUAGCUUGGAUUGGAACACAAUGUACGAAAUUGCAAUCGGCAUUGCUCGAGGACUAGAGUACUUGCAUCAAGGAUGUGUUACAAGAAUUUUGCAUCUUGAUAUCAAACCCCAAAAUAUUCUUUUGGAUGAAAACUUUUUCCCAAAAAUCUCUGAUUUUGGAUUAGCUAAAAUAUGCCAAAGGAAUGAUAGUGUUGUGUCUAUACUUGGCACAAGAGGAACUAUAGGAUACAUAGCACCAGAAGUAUUUAGCCGAACAUAUGGUGGAGUUUCUCACAAGUCUGACGUAUACAGUUAUGGUAUGUUAAUUCUAGAAAUGAUUGGAGGAAGAAAGAAUUAUGACACUGGAGGUUCGUGUACUUCUGAAUUGUACUUUCCAGAUUGGAUUUAUAAGGAUCUUGAACAAGCUGGUAAUAAUAAUGAGAAUUGUUUAGCAAACUCAGAAGAAGAAAAUGACAUGGUGAGACAAAUUACUAUGGUGAGUCUAUGGUGCAUUCAAACGAAUCCAUCAGAUAGACCAUCAAUGAGUAGAGUAUUAGAAAUGCUACAAGGACCACUUCAGUCAGUGUCAUAUCCUCCAAAGCCUUUCCUACAUUCUCCUGAACAACAAUCAUUUCAAACUUCAUAUGUGUCUUCAAGCAAUUUUUGAUAGAGACAAAUGCAGGAAAGACACCAGUAAAAAUGUGAUUAUACUGUAAUUUUAAAUUGUAGGUAUUCGAAAGUUCAAAUUAACGCAUCUUUUCUAUUUAAACAAAAAUACCAUUAACUUUUAUUAUUUAAAAUUAAUAAAUUGAAGGUUAAUUUGGUAAGUUUAAUGAAA